AUGGCAGGGGACUCCAAGACCACCACUCCCCCUAGCGCCGGCAAAUUGCCAGCCUGCACCUUACCCUCCGACAAAGUCUUCUCGAUCCAGAUUGGCUCCGAGCUCUUUCGCCUUUCUGGAGCCUCAAUUGCCUCGGACGCGCCCUCCUAUUUCUCUCGCUUCUUCGAGGAACAAUUGCGUCUGGCCGAUGCCUCCAAUGUUCGAACCCUCUACAUUGAUCGCGACCCGGCGACCUUUAAAGACAUCGCCCGCCAUCUCCAAGGCUAUCAUGUGCAACCUCGAGAUGGCGCCCAAUUCGUGAAGCUAUUCGCCGAUGCGCAAUUCUACACCUUGCCACGGUUGAUGUCCCAAUUAUUCGAGGCAGAGAUCUUCAUGCAGAUCGGCGACCGCCACUUUCAGAUCCCUCGUGAUAUCUUCAACGGCCCUGGUGAUUCCCCGAACUUCUUUUCCCUUGGGUUUGGUGUGUUUUUCGCCUCGCCCUCCGAAGUGUUCCCCGGCCUGGACCGUGUCGGCCUGCUUCGACCCCCGGCUAUCGUGCCCCCAAGCGUUCCCAAUCGAUCUGCAGACGUGUUUGCAGAAUUGCUGCACCUUCUACGCGGGUACCCGCUGCACAUUCGAAAUGCCGACCAUCGUGCAGAGCUACUACGGGAUUGUCGCUAUUUCCACCUUCGCGGUCUCGAGCAAAAGUUGAUCCCCCACCAUAUCAGUUACAAUCCGUUCCGUCAACGCUCGGAAAUUAUCAUUCGCUUGGAAGAUGUACGACCUUCGGGUGUUCAGUUCGCUCCUGAUACCACUUCUCGAACUGGCAUCGGGUCGGUCCUGUACGCGCGUCCCUUUGUCGACGAGAAUCCAGCCGACUUGAUCUUGGAGAUUGCAGACGCCUCCACGUGGGUUAAUCGAGCCGCUCGCCGGGCCGACUUUGUUGGGUUGACCAAGUCUCGCAUGGCCAGCUUGCUCCAGGUGGUGGCUAAGAAGAUGGGACUGUCAGAUUCCAAAUUCGGUUCGAUUCCCGUCAGGGUUCGCUGGGGACAGGCUACGGACAUUGUGGUUGACGGUGAAUCGAACCCGACCUGCCCAGCGAAUUUUGCGCCCGACUUGGAGACGGAUGAUGAUUUGCCGCCAGCCAAGCGUCACCGAUCAGAUGCGUCCGAGGGAUCUUACAACGAGCCCUGCGUAGUGAGGACGGGACAAUGGCGACUACAGGUGGAACCGGACAAUCACGGUGCAUACGAGGCAGUUUUGAUCGCGGUCAAGUUGGAUGUGUGGACAAAUGCACAAGUGCGAAACCAGCAACAAAAGUUCCUCUAA